GCGAAGGGGAGCCGGUGUCUGCGCCGCAGGAGCCUGCAGAGCACAGGGGCUGGCGGCUUCCCUGCCGGGCAGAGGAUGAGCAAAGCCCCCAGCGGUCUGGAGCAGGAGGACUUUCCAGCUGGGACAGACCAUGAGCAAUGACUUGACUGCCUGGGACAACACGACCGAGAGCACAACGACCGUGCCCGGCGAGGUGAACACGCAAGAUGGGUAUGUGCUGCUCCUUGUGCUGCUCUCCAUCUUCAUUGGAGGGACCCUGGUGCUGCUGUCCGGGAUCCUGAUUAUCUGCCGCCAGUGCUGUGAGACAGACCGCAGGCACUCCAGAGCCAGUGAUGACCCUGAGAAAACCAAUACCACCUACCUGGAUGACUCUCAGCCUCCGCAAGAUAUCACCAUCAAGGUGGACGACCCAGACUGCCUGUCGGCCUCCAGCUACCGGGAUGUGGAGACGGAGCGUUUCCUCUCGUCCAGCUCCUCCACUGGGCGCCGGGUCUCCUUCAACGAGGCCGCGCUCUUUGAGCACAGCAAGAAGACCCAAGAGAAGGGGAGGAGGUACACGCUGACCGAGGGGGAUUUCCACCAUCUCAAGAACGCCCGGCUGACCCACCUCCACGUCCCGCCACCCGCCCUCAGGAUCAUCACCAUCCACGAGUGUGAAUCAAGCGAGAACAGCCUGGCCAUGUCGCCCCGCCUGCCCCCGCCCAAGCCUGGCCUCGCCAUCUUCCAGCCUCCAGGGGGCGCCCUGCCCCAGACAGCCCUGACCGCCCACGCCAUGUGCCCCAGUUCCGCCCUGCCUGGCGACACCUACAACUCCACCGUGGACACCAGCUUUGCCGAAGCCAGCCCAUCCAUCUCCUCCUCCUCUGGGGAGAGCCCUUCGUUUGAAGGGGCCGCCAGGAGUGUGAAAGGCACCGGAGCGGGCAGCGCCGGACCCGGGGAGCCCCCACCACCCCCUCCCCAGGGCACCGUGCUGCAGUUCUUCACCCGCCUGCGGCGUCACGCCAGCCUCGAGGGCGCCAGCCCCUACUUCAAGAUCAAGAAGUGGAAGAUUGAGAGCAACCAGCGGGCGUCCAGCCUGGACACCAGAGGCUCACCCAAGCGACGUCAGUUCCAGAGGCAGCGGGCGGCGAGCGAGAGCAUGGAGCAGGAGGACAGAGAUGCCCAUCAGACGGGCAUCAUCCAGUACAUUGCCCGGACAGACGACAUAGCCUUCUGCCCCAUGGCUGGGCCCUUCCUGCCAUCCCCCUCCAGCCCCCCACCCUCUCUCGGCAGGUUAGAGCCAGCAGAGGCGGGCGGGGGCAGUGUCCCCGAGGCGCCCAGCACAGAGCAGCAGACCAUCUACCACGACAUCUGGAGCCUGCGGGCCUCCCUGGAGCUGUAUGCCUCGUCCGAGCAGAGCAACGACCGGGACUCCGUGCGCAGCGACGGGGGCGACAGCGUCUGCUCGGCUGGGGGAGGCAUCCCCAGCCUCCCCUCUUCCCUGGAGGAAGCCGAGGCCCUGGAUGAGCAGCCAUGGGCCCGGCCCAGGCAGGAGAGCGCGGAAGCAGAGCCAGGCACACGCAAGCUGCUGCAGAUGGACAGUGGCUACGCCUCCAUCGAGGCGCCGAGCCGGGCGGGUGAGGACGGGGGCCCCAAGGACCAGACGGCCUCAGAGAAGCGCAUCUGCUUCACCAGCGCUGGGCGCAAGGGCACCAUCUUCGAGAGCUUUGAGGGGCACGAGCCUGAGGAAGAGGAGCAGGAAGAGGGGGCAGUAGGGGGGCCGCUGCCCCACAGCCCCCUGGCCUGGUCCCCCUAUGGGCAGAUGUUCCCAGCCCGGGAUGCGCUGCCCCGACGGGACUACAGCAUCGAUGAGAAGACGGACGCCCUCUUCAAUGCCUUCGUCCGUCACGACCCGCAGUUCGACGACUCGCCCCUGCGUGCCAAGCACCGUUCCCGCACCCACCUGCGCAAGCAGUGGCAGCGCUCCAAGCAGUACAGCGACCCUGGCGUGCGCUACCCGCCCGCCCUGGAGCGCCACCGGACCCCGCUGCGCCGGGGAGACAGCCUCAACUACCCACCAGACAGUCGCUACCACGGCACCCUGCUCCGCAUCGUCAGCGCCGAGGAGGCGGGCGAGGCUGGGGACGGCUCCGCCGUGGCCGACGCUGAUGCCAAGAUCCAGGUGAUAGAGGAGGAGCCGUCCGAACUGGCUGGGGACCCCAAGCUGGCUUCCGAUCCCUACGACCAAGACUGCCCUGGCAAUGGCCAGGGCCCGGGCUGCGUCCCCCAGCCCCUAGGGGCUGAGCUGAUGGACAAGAUCAUGGCGGGCCUCGAGGACAGGCUGUACGGAAACUUGAGAAAAUCGAGAGAGAGUCCGGAGUGUCUGGUGGCCGUGGCCUCUCCCGACCAUAGCCCCGUCUAGGGGGCCGGGGAGUAGACCUAGCUCGCUCAUCCACUGAGUCAGGCUUCAGGGCUACAACCCCUUCCACAGCUGGCAGUGCCACCACGUUCAGGGCGUUCGAAGGGUGGCGGGGGGGUACGGAUCUGCCUGUACAGACGUGCCCCAUUCGAGGAGAUCGGGCUCUGCCUGGACGUUCCCGUCAUCUUAGAAUGAUCCAGGGCUGGGGGCAGGCUCAGCCUACCCUGUUUGAGUCUGGAGUGGGGGGGUCCACUUGGAUGUACCCACUGCAUUCAAGGGCUUUGAGGGGCACAGAUCUGUGGAGAGGUACCCGCCAUGUGGGCGGGGUCCUGGGGGGCACAGAUCCACCCAGAUGUACCUGCCCCAGGGUCGGGGGGGCACAGAUCCACCCAGACACACUUUGCAGUGUGGGUAGGUUCCAGGGGGCACAGAUCCUCCCUGACCCACCUGCCCCAGGGGUGGGGGAAUCCCCCGUGAAGCAGCCCCUACCCCCAGGCAGGCCUGGCAGCCGGAAGGGGUUGUUACAGAGGCGAAGAAUGUUUGCCAAAGCAGGCGACUCUUGCACGGCCAGCAGGUUGGUUUUAAGGAACCUGUACUAAUAACCCCCAAACUCUUACCUCACGCCGUACAGCUGUGUAGCACAUGACACCCCCCCAAUCCUGGGUCACGGCCCCCUCCCCUGCACACCCCACGCCCCCCAGCCUCCUCUCUCUCUCUCUGAUUUUUUACAAGCAAUAACGUCUCUGUCCGGAAUCAUCCUCGCAAAGAAGGGACUGGGGCUGGGAUCCACGGUGCUGGGAGUGGAGGGAAAGGGGAGAUGGGCCAAGCCCCCCCCCGAGCUGGCAACAGAGCCACCCUGGGCAGGUGGCCUUCCCCUCCUUUUGAUUUUGUCCACACUGAAAGAGGGGGAGGGCAGCUACAAAAUUGCUCGUGGAGGGAGGUUGCUGGGGGCAGCAAAGCAUGGGGGGGGGGGAGUUUGAGGGCUGGAAAGGUGCUGCCCCCUUGUGCCAGUCACUUCCCUCCUUCCACCCUGGGGAAACCUUGACCCAGGGCAGGGCUCAUGGGCUCUAAGCUGGAUGCUCUGGUGCUAGGACCUAUGGGAAAGGAGGUACAUGGAGCAGCUGGAGAGGGGGCCCAGGAGGUGAUGGUCCAUAGGGGAGGAAGGGGUGGGGGUGAAGCUGAGGCUUCCAAUUGGACAGGCCCUUCAGCAACUGCUGCUAGAAAAAUCUUGUUCUCCAGGUGCCAAAUUGAGGGUGGGACAGACACCCAUACAGUGCCAUGAGGGGGCAGGAACUAGAGCCUAUCCCAGAUGUCACUGCUUCCUCGGAGGGGAUGCUUGUUUCCCAUUCCCCCCCAAAACUAACCAGCUCCCCCUCCCUAUAUUACUGGGUCCAAAUGGGAGAAGGGCCUGGAGCUAGCAUGCCUGGGGGUUAGGGGCAGGGGUGUGGUGGCAAGAUGGGGCAAAGGGGAGUCAGAUCUCCUAACUUCCCUUCUGCCCCCAGCAGCCUUAUACCUGGAAAGUCAACCCCCCCUGCCCCUUGAACUGCUCCCCUCCAUUCUCCCCCAGGGAGCAAAGCAAUGGGCUUUAUUUAUUAUUUAUUGAUUUUUAUAGAACUGGAUGGAUUUGCUGCUCUGCGAGGGGCGGGUUCAGCUUUUUAUUGGGUUUAGUUCAUGUCUCAAAGGAUGAAAAGCAAAAAGCUUUAUUAUCCCUAAGACUCGGUCAGCGCAGGGCAGGGUGUGUGGGGAGGAGACGCCAGCCACAUGUGUAUCCCCCUCAUACACCUUGGUGCUCUCGUCACCCCCGUUCCCGGCUGCGCUUCGACACUUGCAUGCGAUCAAAGAAGCCGGGUCGUUCCUCUGCAGAGUCUGUCCAAAGCACUAACAUGAAACCACAACUCAGCCUUUUUAAACCUAUAAAGAAAGACCAAGUGUCAAGAGUUUGCCACGUUUUGUUAUUGCCUAAGUGCCUUCCUCCAGCCCCCCAGACGCGGCCAGGGCCAGCCCCUCGUUGGGCCAUUGUAAAUGACAUGGCCCAUGCUCCAAUGGCCUCCUGGGCAGCGUGAGGGGCACUCGAUGGGCUCCCAGGGCAGGGAGCUGAUGGCAGAGGCAUUCGAGCUAGGACUGAAGAGCCAGGUUUUGACAGGAAGGAGGGUGAGUCUUGCCUGAGGCGACUUCCCCAGGGCUGGAGUCCCUGGAACUUUCCAGCCUGGAGGGUCCAUUUGCUCUUGCUGUCAUUUACCCCACUACCAAGUGGGGGCUGUUCUGCUGUGGAGUGAACGAUGGCACAGCAACUCUGGCCCCUUAAAUCUGAGGAGAGGGCUGCUUCCGCGAGACCUAUUUUAGCACAACCCCAAAUUCCUGGGCCAGAACCAGGGCUCUGGCCUAUGCUCUGGGGUUCAGACUAGAUGAGCACCCCAGGCCCUUCCAGCCAGCAGAAACUAGGGCAUGCAUGUCCCCUCUUCCCUGCGACCCCUUCCAGAGCAGAGAACACCAGCAUCGGAAGCAAUCCCUGCAAUGGGGGCCUGGGCCUAGGCGCACAAGGCCUCUGUAGUGGCUGAAUCUGCCUUUCUAAGGCCGACCCAUCCUAGCAGAGCCCGUUUUGACUGUUGGAACGGAGCCCAGCGAGGCUCAGGGGCUGACAGCUCCUUCCAGGGCUGGAGAUGAACGCAGGGCCCUCCACUGUGGGCCCAGCUCCCCUGGGCUGGGGAAGGGGCCACCCUCUCCAAGAAGCUGGUGACUGCUGAGCACCAUAACAGGAGCUAGAUGGGCAGGACGUGCCCAGCACCAACCCCUGGGCACUAGCAGUGUAGCUGCUGAGGGAAAGUGGAGGGUGGGGACAGGAUUCAGCAAAGGCACCAGAAGCCUAAAUUCAGCCAUUGCAUUAACACAUGGAGAGAAGGGCUCUCCGCCUCCAGGAGGAUGGAGGACACACAGGUGGCCAGAACUUGCAAAGGGGGGGGGAGGGGACUAUUUACAUUGUGCUAGACCAGGGGUUCUCUAAAGGUUAUUGCACCACAACCCCCUUCUUACAACAAAAAUUACUGCAUGACCCCAGGCAGGGGGACUGGAGCCUGAACCCACCCAGGUCCCGCUGACAGGGCCAAAGUUGGCCCUGGGCACAGGGGCAAGCCAAAGCCAAAGCCUAGGACCAACGCCCCAGGGAGUGUGGCUCGGGCGUCAGCCCCAGUAAGUCUAAAGGCCAGCCCUGGCGACCCCCUAAAAACGGGGUCACGACCCCCAGUUUGAGAACCGCUGCGCUAGGCCCCUCAUGCAAGGUGCACGAUAGAUGAGCAGAAUUCCUGCAAAGAGCAAGUACAGGGAGGGCCAGGCCCAGCUUUUAGGGACCAGCUGCACUGCAACCCCAUCCCUGAUAUGGGGACAGCCCUAGGCCCUCAAGGAUUCAGCAGCACCACUGCCCCCUACAGCUGGCUCAGGGCAGCUUUGGCAUCAAGAGCAGCCACAGGGUGUUCCCUUCGGCACCAAGUGGCCAGUGGGGUGCAUUCUGCUCCAGGAGCUCGGGUUGAACGGGGAGACCCACCUGCCACAGCCACCCCCGCACAGACCCAGUCUCAGCCUUGUGCUACAGGCUUCUCCACGACGGAGGAAGCCAGAGAGGAGAGGUGUGUGUCUACUCCGGCUCAGGCCUGGACUCUCCUGGGCCUGGCAGGAAGCAGAGAGCUCCUGAGCCGGGCAGGGCUGGAGACACCAUAUGCAUUUGGGGACCAACCGAGGGCAUUGCUAGACCUUAGGGGAAAGCCAAUGCUCCACCUCCUGCAGGGGCGGCUCUAGACAUUUCGCCGCCCCAAGCAGGGCAGCAUGCCGC